AUGACUAUUACGCAGUCACAUGAUGUCAUGGACGAGGAGGAUGUCGCAACGCAGGCUGUCUACUCGCCGUGGCACUCGCCGCUGAAUCUGGACCCCAACCGAUCGUCGUCGAGCAAGCUGACGAUAGUGCGCGUGCAAGACUCUUCGCCGUUCGGUUCGCCUGUCUCAUCGAUCUCGUCGAUCAGCCUCACAGAACCACCGUCGUCGCCGGUUCUGCACCACAGACGAUCCCACCGCCGCCCUGUCAGCACCUCCGCCAUCACCGGCCAGGACCCCUCUGCCCGCCUCAGCUUCGCCUUCUCGUCCUUUGCACCCUCUCCCCCGCCCCCAACCACCACCACCACCCGCCAGUCCGCCUCCAGCCCGUCCUCUUCCCCUCGUCUCCGGCCCUCUUCGCCGUCGUUCACCCGCCGACUCUCUGGCUCUGGCUCGUUCGCGUCCAAACCGAACCUCAGCGCAGACCAGCUCGUCGAGCUUGCACGGCAGUCGUCCAGUCCCCGGUACAUUACGCCGUCUGCUCCGUCCACGCCUGGCUCAGCAGGCCCCGUUGCUGGUCCGCAGACCGCCGCUCCCACGUUUACUGCGCUGCCUGUCGAUGUCUACCUGCCCUUCGUGGACCGUCCACAGGAGGUUUCGGUCCUUCUGUCCAGUGCCCCCACCGUCAAGCUCUUUUCUCUCCUCGCACAGACUUUCUCUGCAAAGCCAGACGAGCCCUCUGUCUCUCCUAUCUUCUCCGAUGCCUCCGACUUCCCCCCUAAUCCCCCCACGUGGUCCUUCGCUACCCUCCGUCUCUGGCUCACCACUGUCGACCGCGACUCCGCCCCAGAUGCUCUCUGGGUUCGCUCUGCUCGCAGAUGCAUCCUCGCCCAUUCAGAGCUCAUCUGGGAACGCAUGAAGGGUGCUCUUGGUGUCCCCCCUGAGCUCGAGCUCGACGACGACUGGGACGCCUGGGAUUCUGACAACGAACAGGCUAUAGUCGACUCUCCAUCCAAUCCUCCCCUCAUCGGCACCUUUGAUAUCGAUGACACCGAAGAUGUGACCACCCCACAUGCCAAAUCUCCCCCCGCAGACCCCAUCAUCUCACAGUCCGGUAACCUGGCUCUCUCUGUCUCUCCCUCUCCCUCUCCUCCCCCCUCCUCUCCGCCCUCGUAUCUCUCUAUCGAGCCUCUCUUCGCAACAAGCUGCCCACAAUCUACGACACCGUCCGGCAAUCCUCCUCCCCUUUCUCUCCCCUCUACUCAGAGUGAUCCAGGUGCUGGUUUGCAGGACAUCUCAGAAGACCAAGAAGACGACGACGACGCUCCAAACGAGGCUGCAAAUGCCAAAAAACUUGCAGAGGAAAAGGACCGCGAGGAUCGCGAACAACAAGUUCACGGACUCCGCAUUUCCACUUCCCCUCUUCCAUCCUCUCCCCUCGUCCCUAUCGUUCCAUUCUCUCCCGUUCAUGCAUACCGCACUCCGAGCCCUUCAGUCCCCUCUUCACCCUUGUUUUCCAAGCGUUUAUCCCGCACUUCAUCUCAUGGCUCCGUAUCUAGCUUGGGUGCACCCCGCACAUCCAGCAGUGCAGGAAUGUAUGGAUACACCCACCAUUACGGUUCUGACGCAGGCGGAGACAGUGGAAGUGAACGUGCUUACGAUCCAGUAGGUGAUCGAGUACCUGGAAACCCUUUGUUUCCAAGCAACUUUGCAAGGCUAGCCCUGGGGCCCACCUUGAGUGCAAAUAAUCCUUCCUUGCGGUCUUCGCGUCCACCACCCGCCCCUGCCUACUCUCGAUUCGCCCGUUUCGGUGGUCGCCCACCUAGCUGGGCCGAGGGGUGGGAUCCCGUGAAGCAAGAAUACGCAGUGACAGUUGCAAGCGGGAGUAGUGUUGGUAUUGGCGGUGGUGAAUAAUGCCAUUUGUGGAUAACUUUUGAUCAUAAAAAUGUAUACAGUAGAUAGGGCUGGCUUGUAUGUUUACAUCUUUUUUUCGGGCGGGAGCUAGUAGAAAUUCCAGGUCUUGUAAUUUUCUUCUUUUAGUUUUUCUCUCCUUCCAACCGUCUUCCUUUUGUUUCAAGUUGCCUUGUAGGGCUUGUUGUUCUGUAACUCUGUACAUACUCCACCAGUGGCUGAUAAUACACGCACAGCUCACUACUCUUAAAGUACGAUAUCUUCAAGUCGUGUUGAUGCUAUUACUUUCAUUGAUUC